AUAACUCCUUUCACCAGAUCCACAUGAGACUCGAACAGAGAAAAUACUGCUUUGCCUUUGAUUUUACUCCCAUUUGCACUGCUCUCCCUCCUGUCUCAUUUCUCUUAAGACUCAUAAACCACAAAAACAGAAGAGGGGACAAAACAGGAAUAAAACGAUGAAGGAAUUUCAUUCUGAGAGCUCUCAGAUGUAGAAAUAGCUGUUUCAAAAUAAUAAGCACCAGAAAAUACUUUAAAAUAUAUUCCAUCAUGGAUUACAAGGCUGUAGGUAAAAGGAAACAGCAGCAUAGUUUGAAUUUACUGGAUCAAAUAAAAUAUAUGAAAGAUUUAACUGAAAUGAUUGAUGUGGUGUUAGUGGCUGAAGAAAAAAAAUUCCCUUGCCACAAAUUGAUCCUGGCUGCUUUUAGCCCCUAUUUCAAAGCAAUGUUUACUUGUGGGUUGAUGGAAUGUGCCCAGAGAGAAGUUGUGCUACAUGACAUAGCAGCUGAAAGUGUAUCUGUCCUCCUGCACUACAUGUACACCUCUGAAUUGCAUCUCACCAAUUGUAAUGUUCAAAAUGUGGCCAUUGCUGCCUUUUUUACGCAGAUGGAAGAUGUGUUUAGUCAAUGUCAAACCUACAUGAUGGAUCACAUUGAAGCUUCCAACUCUAUAGGGAUCUAUUAUUUUGCAAAACACAUUGGAGCAGAAGAACUAUCGGAACGGGCCAGGAAAUAUUUGUAUCAGCACUUUACUGAGGUGAGCCAGCAAGAAGAAAUAUUAGAGGUAGAAGCUCAACAACUGCUAAGCCUGAUCAGAUCUGACGAUCUGAAUGUAUCCAGAGAAGAGAGCAUCUUGGACUUAGUCCUCAGAUGGGUUAACCACAGUCGGAAGUUGCGUGCAGAUCACCUCAUUGAGCUCCUGAAGCAAGUAAGGCUGGUUAUGCCCCGCCCUGUACUUGUAAGUCCUUCAUUCCUAGUGGAAGCUCGGAAAAGGAACACGGUGCUUCUGAGUAAUUCCAAGUGUUUUGAGAUGAUUGAGGGAGCCUUAGAAACAAUUAAAAAAUCCAAUCAACCUUCCUUCAGCCUUCGGUAUGGCAUGGAGGCCACUACACUUCUCCUUUGCAUUGGCAAUAACUCAGGGGGGAUCCGUUCAAGGAAAGGUAAUUAUGCUGAGGCCAGCUUCUGUUACGCACCUCUAACGCAAAAGACCUACUUCAUUUCCUCUCCAAAAUAUGCAGAAGGCAUUGGCAGUAUAUACACCGGUGUGGUUACUGAGAACAACAGUAUUGUUAUUGCAGGGGAGGCAAGUGCUACCAAGAUGUCUAGACAAAAGAUCAAGAAGAUUGAAAUUUAUAGGUAUGAAGGUCAUGGAAAUCGAUUUUGGGAAAGCCUGUGCACAGCGCAGUUUCGUGAAUUGUAUGCUUUAGGCACCAUCCAUUGUGAUUUGUACAUCCUAGGAGGUCAAAUGAAACUGAAAAACCAAUAUCAAAUUACCAAUAUUGUGGAGAAAUACUCCAUGGAGCAGGAGAACUGGAGAACUUUGGCCCCGCUCCCAGUGCCGUUGGCUUGCCAUGCAGUUGUUACUGUGAAAAACAGGCUGUAUGUCAUCGGAGGGUGGACCCCACAGAUGGAUCUUCCUGAUGAUGAGCCUGAUCGAUUAAGCAACCGAACAUUGCAGUAUAACCCAAGCCAAGACAAAUGGACAGAGUGUGCACCGAUGAAGUAUUCGAAAUACCGCUUCAGCACAGCUGUAGUCAACCAUGAGAUUUAUGUCCUGGGUGGAAUUGGCUGCCUUGAUCGUGACAGAGGGCAAGCACGGCAAUGCCUUGAUGUCGUGGAGAUCUAUAACCCUGAUAGGAACUACUGGCGAGAAGGACCACCUAUGCCUUACCCUCUUCUUUCCCUAAGAACCAACUCUACCUGUGCUGGUGCUGUGGAAGGAAAACUCUACGUCUGUGGAGGAUUUCAUGGAACAGCUCGGCAUGAAGUUAUCACCAAAGAGAUCCUAGUGCUGGACACUUGGGAAAAUCAUUGGAAUGUUGCUGCAACUAAAGCCCUCAUGCAUGACAGCUAUGAUGUCUGUCUCGUUGCUCAGCUGAACACAAGAGAUCUCAUCCCUCCUCCUUCUGAUUUGAUGGAACAAUAGGUGUGCAAUUUUAAUGGGAAAUAUGUAAGCCAGCUGAAUGGAACAGAAAUAUGUUGGUAUGUGGCAAUUUCAAUGGAUGGUUAGAAAAGAGAAUGCCAUAUAAUGAAUUUUUAAAAGAUGACACACAGCUUGGCUUCAACAUAGCAAAUUCUUACUGCAGUAUAAUCAAAAAUAUUUUUCUUUUCCACAACUUUCAUAAUAAUUUAUUCUGUGUGCCAAACUGUUAUUUUCUUCUAUUUAAGAGUACAAAACUCAACUUACCUUGCACAAUAGGAAAGCUAAAAAUGUUGCUUAUGGCAUUAAAAGUAAGACAGAGCAAUAGUAAGUAUUUAAAAAUAAAAUAAUUUAAAUAUUUUAUUCUGUACUCACAUGAAUACUAUGGAACCUAUUUGUUUUUUUUAAUA